AUAAAGAAGAAGGAAGAGAAAAAGAGAGAAAGAGUCAAAGGUGCUGUCUCUUGUUUUAACUAUACCUUACUGAACACCCCACCCCAAUCCCACUUCCACCUCCAUCAGAUCUCUCAUAUACCUGUGUGUCCAACUGUCAGUCUGUCCAUCCCAUUCCCACUCAGCUAGGUGCACAAAACAGGAGGUCAGCCUGCCGAUCAGUAAUACUGUCUGUCAAUUUGCCUGUAAGUCAGUGCAGCACGAGAUCAAGAAGGAACCGUUAGUGAGUCUGUCUGUCAUUGAAACCAAGAGAGUAAACAAGCCUGCCUAUCACUCAGCAAGCCAGUAAGUGACUUUAGAAGUCUGUAAGUCAGCAAGCCUUUCUGUCAGUGAUUUCCCAGAGUGUUAUAGCCGACUGCAACAGGGUACCAGCACUAUGGCCCCUAAGAAGAAGGCCCCCCGUCAGAAGAAGGCGGUGCUGGAGACCACAGAGGUGGAGGGUGGGGUGCGGGUGGUGGAGGGUGUCAAGAAGAUCGAGGCACUGGACAUCGAGCAGCUGAACCGGCUGAACGGGCUGCCCCUGGCGCUGCCCAUUCCGGCUCCGGGGGUCAAGGGCCUAGGCCUGGGCAGUGAGCUGACCCGGCCACUCCACGGCACCGCCCUGCUGGACGAGCUGAGCCGCAUGCGGCAGGAGCGCUUCCUCACCGACCUGGAGCUGGCCAGCAAGACCAAGGCCUUCGACGUGCACAAGCUGGUCAUCGCCUCAGUCAGCCACUACUUCCGUGAGCUGCUGGCAAAGGACCCCGGGGUGAAGCGUGUGGAGCUGCCCUCCCUCUCACCUCUAGGCCUGGCCAACGUGAUCACCUUUGCAUACCUGGGGCGGGUCCACAUGUCCCUGUACACCAUCGGCUGCACGGUGUCGGCGGCCAGCCUGCUGCAGAUCCCGCAGCUGCUGCAGAUGUGCGUGGACUUCCUGCUGGCAGAGCUGAACGUGCAGACGUGCGUGUACUUGUGGAACAUCGGUGCGGCGUACGGCCUGGGAGAAGUGCGCGACGCCGCCCGACGCUUCGUGCUGGAGAACUUCACCCAGUUCGCUGAGACACCGCAGUUCACCCAGCUCACUCUGGAGCAGAUCACCGCCUUCCUGCAGGACGAUGCCCUCAUCCUCCCCUCCGAGGUGGUGGCUUUCCAGAUGGCCCUGAAGUGGCUGGAUUUUGACCCCAAGCGGCAGGAGCAUGCGGCGCAGCUGCUGUCCCACGUGCGCUUCGAGACGAUCCCGGCCAGCGAGCUGGUCAGUGAGGUGCAGCCCGUGGCCCGCAUGAUGCAGGACCCUCAAUGUCACCGCCUGCUGGUGGAGGCCAUGAACUACCACCUGCUGCCGCACCAGCAGAACGCCCUGCAGUCGCGGCGCACGAGCAUCCGGGGUGGCCAGAGCGUGCUGCUGUCCAUCGGGGGGCGCCCGUCCCUCACCGAGCGCGCCCUGAGCCGGGAGGUGCUCUGGAGGGACCCCCGCGAUGGCGUGGCCACCUGGCGCCACCUCGCCCAACUUCCUGCCAAGAGCUUUAACCAGAGUGUGGCUGUGAUGGAUGGAUUCCUGUAUGUGGCUGGGGGAGAGGACCAGAACGACGCACGCAACCAAGCCAAGCAUGCUGUCGGCACCCUCAGCAGGUAUGAUCCUCGCUUCAACACCUGGCUACACCUGAGCAGCAUGCGCCAGCGGCGUACGCACUUCAGCCUGGUGCCCAGCGGGGGGCGCCUGUACGCCAUUGGGGGGAGGAACGUGGAGGGCCUGCUGGCCACCACAGAGAGCUAUCUGCCCUCCUCCAACUCCUGGCAGCCCCGCGCCCCCAUGGAGACACCCCGCUGCUGCCACGCCAGCGCGGUGCUGCCUUCCGGAGACAUCCUGGUGACCGGAGGCUACAUCAACUGUGCCUACUCCCGCUCAGUGGUCAGCUACAGCCCCGAGACGGACAGCUGGACCGAGCGGGCGGGGUUGGCCACGCCCCGAGGGUGGCACUGCGCGGCAGCCAUGGGUGGCAAGGUUUACGUGGUGGGCGGGAGCCAGCUGGGCCCGGGCAGCGAGCGCGUCGAUGUCCUGACGCUCGAGGUCUUCUCCUCGGAGACCGGAGAGUGGAGCCAGGCCGCGCCCCUGCCCCUGGGGGUCAGCACGGCUGGUCUGGCGCCCCUUGGGGACCAGCUGUACCUGCUGGGUGGCUGGAACGAGGCGGAGAAGCGCUACAAGGCGGCCGUCCAGCGCUAUGACCCUGGAACCGACAGCUGGUCCUCUGGCGAAGAGCUGCCCGAGCCCACCGUGGGCGUGUCCUGCUGCGCCCUGAUUCUCCCCCCCCGCCACGCCUCCCGCCGGCAACGUCACGCCCCCGGUGGAGCGCCCACCCACGAAGAGCACCCACCACGAGACGGCGGUGUGGCACCACAGCAAAGUGCCUGAAACAGAGGAAGAGAAAGAAAGAGAGAGAGAACGAGUGAGAGAGAAAGGGUGAGGGAGAGAAAGGAGGGAGUAGGGGGGGGAAGAAAGGAGGGGAACCAGUAGACAGAUGAGGGUCAAAAAAAAGGAGAGAGGAAAGAUGGAGGGCCAGAAAUACAAGUGAACGAAUGAAAAAGUGACUGUCCUAAUGGUAAUGUGUUACCCCAUGUAUCAUAGUUACUGACUGUACCUGAAUUUUAGUGAGACUGAUAAAAAGAAUGAAUGUGUUUAUGUGUGUCUGUGUCUGUGUAUGAUAUAGUGUGAGUGGUAGUGAGUGUGUGCAUUUCAAACUGAGUCAGCCAAUAUUCUGCCAUAUAUAACAAUACACAGCUAUGAUAAUAUACAUUAAGUGAGUUUUCCUCACAUAGAAUAAGAGCAGUUAUCAGGAUUAUUUAUUUGUAUUAUUUAUUGAACUGUGAUUUGUGUCUUUAACUCACUGAAAACUUGAGACAGUAGUUUAGGUUGAAAAAUAUUUAAAAAUAACAAAAAAGUGAUAUUAGUUUAGUAAGAUAGUUUUUAUAUGUGCAAUGAGGGGUUGGAGUAUGAACAGGUGUGAUGGUGAGAAGUAAGAAAAAAAGACACUACCCCCUUCUAACAGACACAGGGUAAAGGCAGAUAAGGUGAAUCCCAACUGGUGAAUUUGGCCACAUGCUAAUUUAAUCUGACACCAACCCCUUAUUCGGAGGGUUACACUCACAAAGCCAUUCAAACAAAAUCCAUAUUACAGUGUUUCUCAAUCCUACUCCUGGAGCCCCCCUGUCCUGCAUAUUUUCUAUCUAU